AUGUCCGCCCGUCUGGUCACACGCGCCCUGGGUGCCGCCCGCGUUCGCCCGACCGUCAACCCGCGCGCUGCUCUCCCGGCUGUCACCUCGUCAUUGACCACCUCGCGCUCGUCUUCGAACGUACCAGAGCCUAAGGUGAAGGCCCAGUCUCUCGUUGACUCGCUGCCUGGCAACUCGCUCAUUUCCAAAACCGCCAUUCUCUCCUCCGCUGCCGGUCUCUCCGUCUACGCUAUCAGCAGCGAGUAUUAUGUUGUAAACGAGGAAACCGUUGUCGCCUUCUGCUUGCUCAGCGUUUGGGGUGCUUUGAUCAAGUUUGGUGGCCCGAUGUACAAGGAGUGGGCGCAGGCCCAGAACGAGAAGAUAAAGGGAAUCUUGAAUGCCGCCCGCGAUGAUCACACCCAGGCUGUGAAGAACCGAAUCGACAACGUUCAACAGAUGGGCGGAGUCAUUGACGUCACCAAGGCUCUUUUCGAGGUUUCUAAGGAAACCGCUCAACUUGAGGCUAAGGCUUACGAGCUUGAGCAGACCACCGCAUUGGCCGCCGAGGCCAAGGCUGUUUUGGACUCGUGGGUGCGAUACGAGAGCCAGGUCAAGCAACGUCAACAGAAGGAAUUGGCCGAGAGCGUUAUUGCUAAGGUUAGAAAGGAGCUCGAGAACCCCAAGAUUCUCCAACAGAUCCUACAACAGAGCGUUACUGAUGUGGAGAGAAUCGUUUCGUCCAAGGCUCAAUAG